ACUUGUGUCGGUGUGGUCGUGUGAAGUGACGCCGCAUCGUGGUCUGGAUCAAGAUUAAGCCAACCACACCACAACCAACUUGCCCACUUGCUUCAGCUUGGCCUUCCAUGAGAAAUAGAUAACUGCUCAGAUGCUCGCUUACUAUAUUGCAGGAGCAAUUCUGAUCUAUGUCUUGACACUGCUCUACUUCUUUGCCCCGUCGCCGUUCGUACCUGGCUCCAAGUUUGCCAAGAAGCACCAAUCUAUCGCUGUGCUUGUGCUAGGCGACAUUGGCAGAUCACCGCGAAUGCAGUAUCAUGCUCUGUCUCUAUCAAGACUUGGUUACAAAGUGGAUUUGAUUGGCUAUGGCAACACAAAACCACAUGAAGCCCUUCUAACAGACGAGAACAUUCGCUACCAAUUCUUGCCAGACGUGCCGGAGUCCUUAAGCAAAGGUCCACGAUACUUAUUCCCAAUUCUUGGGCCCAUCAAAGUGCUGCAUCAACUACUCUUCUUGGUCCUCAUUCUUGGCUAUGCCAUUGACCCGCCAGCCUACCUUCUCGUACAAAACCCACCGGCCAUCCCGGUCCUCGCACUCGCUCAACUCCUAUGCUGGCUUCGCAAUACAAGACUCGUCAUUGACUGGCAUAAUCUUGGUUAUACAAUCCUCGGCCUUCGACUCGGAGAGCAUCAUCCGCUCGUCAAGAUCGCACGGCGAUAUGAACAGUUCUUUGGACGAACGGCGUAUGCACACCUAAUGGUCACAGAUGCUAUGCGCUCUUGGCUCAGUGAUACGUUUAAUCUCAAAGGCAAGCAAUGCACGCUGCACGACAGGCCCGCUGGUCAAUUCAAAGCAUUAUCCAAAGCUGAGCAAACGGCGUUCUUGAAUGCUUUCGAGCAUACUCGAGAUGGCCAAUUCUCUCGUGAGCGUGGCGAUCGACUGUUGGUCAGCAGUACAUCUUGGACACCAGAUGAAGAUUUUGGUAUUCUUCUCUCAGCGUUGAAGCGCUAUGACGAGGCACCAGUCAAGUCCAACAACAAAGCGCACCUCCUCGUCAUCAUUACAGGCAAAGGAGCACUCCAAGCCGCCUACACGAAGAAGAUUGAAGAAAUGGCGCUACAUUCAGUAACCAUCAAAACGGCAUGGCUCCAAGCUGCAGACUAUCCCAAACUACUAGCUUGUGCAGAUCUUGGCAUUUCCCUGCAUACUUCUUCUUCCGGACUCGAUCUACCAAUGAAGAUUGUUGAUCUCUUUGGCUGUGGUACGCCCGUGCUGGCCAUUGACUUCGAAGCACUGCCAGAAUUAGUGACGCAAGGUGUUGAUGGCAGAAUUGUGGCGGACGAUGAAGAUAUGGCAGCGUGUUUACUUGGCUUAUUCGCCGAUAGCUCUGCACAAGGAGAGAGCGAUGAGGAGUAUGAAGGGGUGGAUGAUGUCGGCAGUGCACACCUGCAAACACUCAAAAGGGGCGCCAAGAAGCAAUCGGCACUGACCUGGGAUAUUCAUUGGGCUGAGGUGGCCGCACCGCUAUUUGAACAUCGUUCAUAGAAGUAUUGAUACAAAAAAAGGUAUGUGACAGAUGCUCAUCGCUUGAGGUAGUUGUAUAAAUAUGCUUACUUGACA